GGAAUCCCUCUGCUUCUCAUCAGCGUGACCACUGCAAGCGGGAAUGUCCCAACCACAGGAUGCCCCAGUUAAGAAGAAGAGGCCUCCGAUGAAGGAAGAAGACCUUAAAGGAGCAAAAAACAAGCUGGCCCACCAAGUCCCAAUCAAAUCCAAAACAUACCAGGUUAUGAAGGAAUGCGAACAAUCUGGAACAAUGGCCCCUUCUGUGUUCAGCCAGAACAAGACCGGCGGAGAAACAGCUUUUGAUAAGCCGAAGGCCGGCCCGGCAAAAAGUGUCUUUGGUUAAUGGCAAAAGAACAUUCAAACAACGUAACGACCCAACAAGUUAUUUUUGUGCUCAUUUUCUACUUAUUGUGCUGUGCACACCAUGCCGAGUCUAACACUAUAUCCAAGCAAGUUGUAUCCUGCUUAUACGUUCUGCUGGUGCAAAGAUUGGAACUCACUAUUUCAUUGCUCCUAUGGUCACGCAUGGACUGCACUGUCUGUAUUCCUUUAAAUGAUUUUUAGUUGUUUCAGAAAUACCAUAGAGGUAGCAAAUCCAGGAUUUGUAUUUUGUAAAAUUCAUAUUGUUAUUUUUUUCACGUGAAUUUAUCGGGUUGGGGGACCUGAAUAGUUAUAUUGCCUUACUCCAUGUCAUCAGAGUGAUAUGAUCCAGUCCGGACAUUUUUUCUUUGUUAACAUUUUGUUUAAAGGAGAAGGAAAGGCUUAAACUAAGUAAGCUUUAUCAGAAAGGUCUAUAUAAAUACACCAGUAACCCCUCAAAGUAAUGCUGCUCUGAGUCCUCUGUCAAAAGAAACAUCACAUUUCAUUCUUUAUAUUGUGUACACAUGGGCUUCUGUAUCAGACUUCCUUUUUUCAUUUUAAACCUCCAAGGCAUGGGCUUGAGCAUGCUCAGUUUGCUCCUCUCUCCCCCUCCCUCCUCCUGUAAUCUGAGCUCAGAGCUAUGAGUGAGCAGGAAGAGACUCAGGCAGGAAGUGAUGUCACACCAAGCUAAUAUGGCAGCUGCUAUCCUAAAUAACCAGAUAGAGUUUCUAGAGCUGUUAACUCUGGUAUGGUAAAGCAUUCUAGCUUGCAUUAUUAUGGCUAAUCUAUUGGGAAUAAUCUUCCUUUAAUCUUCUUUAAGGUGGAUUCAGGACUAGAUCAUCUUCUGCUUGGGGAGGGAUCACUUUAACAGGGGGUUAACUACAGAUGAAGCAGACUCUGCGGCUGCAGGGGGGUCACGAGGUAUAGGAGCCCCAUUAGGCCUAAUUCAUACACAAUGUCAAUAAAUAUUUGCAAAACAGGUCAACCUCUAGCCAUUUUGUGGACCUCAAAAAUAAUUUUUGCUGUGGGUCCCAGUAAUAUCUAGUUAUGCCACUGACCUUUAAUUGUUGCAUUAUAUGUACAAAUUAAACUUUCAAUAAGGUAUUUAGAUAUUUUGAGUUGCACCAUAUUAAAAUGUAAUGUAUUAAUGAUAUCCCUAAUAAAAUAAGGCCUAAUAUUCUGAGCAGCCUUUAUAGGCUAAAAUGACAGCAUGAAAACGUCGUCCAUAUCUCAAGUAGUAAUUGUAUUAAAAGGAAGAAGAAGGAGAAAGUUAACCUUGAAGCCUUCUAUCCAAUGAAUGAGUGACCUUGUAUUAGCAAUUAGUUAGGAUUGGGAUAUUGACCAGUAGUGACAGCUCAACUUGGCAAGGGAGAUUUACUGUGUCCAAAUGAAACUAGCUAUUCAGUCAGCUCUACGCUUGGUAAAUUUAUGAGGCCCCAACCUAAUUCUCCUUCUGCACCGUCAGUCUUAGUCCUUGUGGCAUCACACUAGUCUUCUGCUUGGAAUGUUAUAAUGUCAGGCCAUUAAUGAGGUCGUAUUGAAUGGAACCUUGUAGAACAGAACCCUCAGUGUCUUGCUUAUUAUUCCUGCUCAUUCUUGUAUCACUAUGUUCUUAUAUUUGCCUUGUAUUUUUCAACUUUCCCAGUUUUACAAUUAAACUUGCGAACAAA